AUGGCAAGUGAGGAGGAGAGUGUUCUUGCCUUAGUGCAUUGCUCUGGGAAAAUUAAAAAAAGCAAAAGCCAUGGUGUGAAGUUCACAGACAAAGAACCAUUGAGUGUGUUCAUCAGUUUGUCAAGCACUUUGUCAGAUCUAAAGAACAGCAUCUUGCAGAAGCUUGGUGUCUUUGGUACGAAGUGGGUGAAGAAGCUAUUCUACAAGAUUUCCAUCGCAGUUGUCUCGACGGGUGUUCAGUAUGAUACCUUUGUGCUAGCGGCUGAUGAAGAUAUUAGGGUUCUGUUCUUUUGUGUUAGGAGUUUUCCAGAGAUUCGAAUUCACGAGUUGUUUGCGCAGUUGGAGGUUGGUGUCGAUAGUUUUGGGGCAUCAGCUCCAUUUCAUAGCUCGACUGCCGCGGGAGGUGCGUCUAGUUCGAUGCCUGCGGUCAGACCGUAUCUUCCGCCAGUGGGUUCCCCUACGUUCGCGCCUGAUUUAGAGCGAACGGUGGUUGUUGGUUCUGUACAGUUGGAGAAUGAAGGAAUCUUUGAGCAGCCUGAUGUCGUGGGCACCGGUGGUUGCCAGUUACCUUAUAUGGAAGGCUUUGGUGAACCUGAUAGAGUAGAGAAUGCAAUGUGUGACGAUGACUCUGACCAGGAGCCUGUCGAUAUCAUCGGGGACAGCGACGAUGACACAUUACCCUCCACACUAAACUUGGAGGUUCUUGGUCAACAGGAGGAUGGUGGUAACACGGUCGGGGGCUCUUCUACAGAAUUUCAGAUUGGGCAAUCUUUCCAGAAUAAAGAUGAGGAUGUGUUGAGUGUGAAGGACUAUAGCAUCCGGCGAGGUGUUAAGUACAGAGUCAUCGAAUCAGAUCAUCUGAAGUAUCAUGAAAAAUGCAAGCAAUUCGGCAAGGGUUGUACUUGGUUGAUUCGCGUUGCGCUGCAUGCACGAAAGGGCACUUGGGAGGUUAGAAGGUACAACGGGCCACACACAUACUUGGCAACCUCUAUUUUCAGUGAUCACCGUCAGCUGGAUUACCACGUUAUCUGUGCGAGAAUUCUUCCGUUGGUUAGGGCAGAUGCUGCAGUUACGGUAAAGGUACUACAACAAGCUACAGAAGCCGAUUAUGGUUUCAGGCCUAGUUAUAGGAAGGUUUCGAUGGCGAAGCAGAAGGCAGUGGCACAAAUAUAUGGAGAUUCGGAAGAGUCGUACGCGGAGUUGCCACGUUGGAUGCUAGAAGUACAGUCAACAAUGGCCGGAACAAUAACCGUGUUGAAGACCUCUCCUGUUCGGCUUCGUGGUGAGGUUGAUGAGUCGACGGUGUACUUUCACCGAUUAUUCUGGACAUUCCCACCCUGUAUCGAGGCAUUCUGUCAUUGCAAGCCCCUCGUCAGUAUUGACGGUACCCACUUGUAUGGCAAGUAUGGAGGGACACUGCUGUUGGCGAUAGCGCAGGAUGGGAACUCCAACAUCCUUCCCAUUGCAUUUGCCCUUGUGGAAGGAGAAAAUGCAGAGUCGUGGUCAUUCUUCUUGUCCAACCUACGAGAGCAUGUGACUCCUCAGGAGGGUAUCCUUGUAAUCUCUGAUAGGCAUAACGGGAUCAAGGCAGCGCUUGAGGCACCUGAGACUGGGUGGCUGCCUCCACAUGCUUUCCGAGCGUACUGUAUUCAGCAUGUGGCAGCAAAUUUUGUCCUAACUUUCAAAGGUAAAGAUUCAAGGAGGAUGUUAGUGAAUGCUGCCUACGCAAAGACUGAAGCAGAGUUUUAUUACUGGUUUGACAUCAUGCGGACUGAGAAUCCAGCAAUGUGUGAAUGGGCCAAUCGGAUGGAGUACAACAAAUGGACCCAACAUGAGGAUAGUGGUAGACGGUUCGGGCACAUGACAACCAUCAGUGAAUGUGUGAACUCGGUGCUAAAGGGAACUCGAAACCUCCCGGUCACAUCGUUGGUUCAGUCAACUUACGGGAGGCUUGCUCAGCUUUUUGUGGUACGGGGACAAACAGCAGAGGCACAACUCAGAUCUGGUAAUGAAUUUUGCCAGGCAUUGGCCAAGGCAAUUGAUCGAAAUCUAAGAGACUCAAUGUGCUUCACUGUCACGUUAUACGACAGGAAUCAAUCGGAGUACACCGUGGCUGAGACAACACCAAUCGGGCGCUUCUCGCUGGGUAGCUAUAGAGUUUUCCUUAAAGAUCAUAGAUGCGACUGUGGCCACUUUCAAGCGCUGCAUUAUCCUUGUUGCCACGCCAUUGCAUGUUGCGCCUACUCCCGCCUUAAUUGGGCGUCAUAUGUUCACGAGGUCUAUCGUAUGAGUGAAGUUUUCAACGUUUACAAGCAGGGUUUUGUUCCGCCUAUCCCGGAAGGCCUAUGGCCUCCAUAUGCUGGGCCAACCAUCAUUCCUGAUCCUAACAUGAGGCGUGCAAAGGAAGGUCAUCCAAGGGCAACCAGGAUCCGUGGUAGUAUGGAUCAGUCUCUGGAGAACCAGCCGAAGCGCUGUGGGCUAUGCCGUCAGGCUGGGCAUAUGCGGAGGAACUGUGACCAGCGAAGACAUACUACCGGGGGGGAUGCGUAG